AAAAAAAGGUGAAGGAGGGAAACCAGAAACAUACAUAUUCUUACAUCGUCAAUUUUUAUUUUCCGAAAACAUUCUUGCAUAGUUAGUUUUGUGACUGCAAAAAAGCCAAAAAAACUGUCUUACUGUGGACAGAUCUCGCUACCUUUCCUUCACCUUGUGAUACAACAUAAAAAAUUUAAAAAUUCAGACCUUCUCUCCUCUUCUUCCAUUCAUCAUCUGUAUUUCCGAAAUCAAUCAAAUCUCGAAGCUUCAAUCAAUGGCGGUUCCGUCGGAAGAGUCCGAGCAUCAACACGCUGUAUUAGAAUCGACGACAGAUACACAGCAAAACGGUGUCAUUGAGGAAUCAAACGACGCCGUUGAAGCCGUACUUGAGCCUGUUGCUUCGGAUAAGGAUCCGAAGCACGAGGUACCCGAACCUGAGUCUCUUCCUUCCGGAUCAAACGACGUCGUCUCCGGCGAAUCAACAGGUCAAUCUGAACUGAAGAAAGAUGAAGGAAGCAAAACUUUUACGAUGCGAGAAUUGCUGAAUGGAUUGAAAGGAGAUCAAAGUCAAUCGAAUAAUUCUACUCCUGUUGCUCCUGAUUCCGCUUCUCCUUUUAGCGAAGACAAUUCAUACCAGAACCAUGCCGCUAUGGAACUUAUCAACAGUGUAUCGGGUGUUGAUGAGGAAGGACGAUCUCGCCAAAAGAUUCUUACAUAUGCUGCCAGGAGGUAUGCUAGUGCGAUAGAGAAAAAUCCAGGAGAUCACGAUGCCCUCUACAACUGGGCUUUGGUGCUUCAGGAAAGUGCAGAUAAUGUUGAUCCCGAUUCUGCUUCACCUUCCAAAGAUGCACUGCUCGAGGAGGCUUGCAAAAAGUACGAUGAAGCUACUUGUCUAUGUCCCACCCUUCAUGAUGCUUAUUAUAAUUGGGCCAUUGCUAUUUCUGAUCGAGCAAGAAUGCGCGGUCGUACAAAGGAGGCUGAAGACUUGUGGAAGCAGGCCACAAAACACUAUGAAAGAGCGGUGCAGUUGAAUUGGAAUAGUCCCCAGGCGCUCAACAACUGGGGACUUGCAUUGCAGGAACUCAGUGCAAUAGUUCCUGCAAAGGAAAAGCACAACAUUGUUAAGACAGCAAUUAGUAAGUUCCGUGCAGCAAUUCAGUUGCAGUUUGACUUUCAUAGGGCUAUCUACAACCUCGGCACUGUGUUGUAUGGCUUAGCUGAGGACUUGCUAAGGAUCGGGGGAUCAGUUGGCCCUGAAGAUGUUUCACCUAAUGACUUAUAUAGUCAGUGCGCUGUCUAUAUUGCAGCUGCUCACGCAUUGAAGCCAAAUUACUCAGUCUAUCGCAGUGCACUGAGGCUAGUCCGUUCAAUGUUACCUUUGCCUUAUCUUAAAGUGGGAUAUCUCACAGCACCUCCUCCAGGCAAUCCAAUUGCUCCUCACAGUGAUUGGAAGCGAACACAAUUUGUCCUUAACCAUGAGGGCCUUUAUCAGCUUGUAUCUGAACAAAAGACGUCACGGCAAAGUCUUUCCGGCAAGCCAGCAGAUGGAGCGAAUAUGAAAAACAGAGCUGUCAAAGUUGACAUUCCUGAUAUUGUUUCGGUGUCAGCAUGUGCUGAUCUCACUUUGCCACCUGGAGCCGGACUCUCCAUUGACACAAUCAGUGGACCUGUUUACUUGGUAGCGGACUCAUGGGAAUCUUUGGAUGGUUGGCUGGAUGCAAUUCGUUUAGUUUACACAAUUUUUGCUCGAGGUAAGAGUGAUGUUCUGGCUGGUGUUAUCACUGGAUGAUUAGCCUAUGUUAAAUGUAUCAAUUGUAGUGUUGGUGUGCUUUCUUUACCCCAUUAAUUGGGGGUUUUACAGCAUUUGUGUAGCAUAGAUUUGUUCAGUCACAGAAAUCAAUGUAUAUUAUGAAGAAUUUCCUGAGGAAAUCUAUUUAAUUUAUCUGGAAACUGGUUGCCGAAUAUUUUGUCAAAUAAAUGUCUCUCAUGUAGCCUGUGGUGGCAGAAUCUGGUUUUCUACUUUUUGGAUAUAGUGAAACAAGUUUUGAUGCUCA